AUGAAUUUCACUGGUUUAAUAAUCACUGUUCAUCGGCUGAUUACUAUCUUGAUCAUCAUCAUCUGCAUCCAUGGCGGGGGUGGUGGCUUCAUGCACAAAAUGAAAAUGAUGAAGAUGAUGAAAGAGCAUCAGGAGAAUCAACACAAAGGAAUCACCAUUGGAAUCAAAGCGAUCAAAGUUCCAAUCCCGAUUCCCAUUGCAAUGCCAUAUGUAGAAAACCAAAUGAUGAUGAAAGGACAUAAUAAGGGUAUGCAGAAGAAGAAGAUGAAGGGACAAAUGAUGAUGCAAAUGAUGGAUAAAAUGAUGAAGAUGAAAAUGAUGAAGAUGAUGAUGAAAAUGCAUAUGAAACAGAUGAAAAUGAAACCCAAUAAAUGUAAGCCCAAAUGCAUGAUGAUGAAAAUGAUGAAAGCGAAAUGCGAACAAGAAUGCCCUGAAACACCCUGUCCUGUUAUGAUGGAUAACAGUUGUGACAGUUGUCCUGCGAUGAAAAGUGGUUGGCCUUCAACUGGUAUGAUGAUGAUGGACAAUGGCUGGCCCGCUCCAGAAAUGAUGAUGAACGGCUGGCCAUCACCUAUGAUGAUGAACAACGGUUGGCCAUCACCGAUGAUGAAAGGAAUGAUGAAAGCAAUGUGUCCGGAAUGCCCACCAUGCGACGACGAGAGACCGGAAGUAAUGGAACCCGACUACUACGACGAAGAGCUUGAGGAGGAUAUGAAUGCAUGGGAUACGAACCCAGAACCUGUUUAUCAAAAGAUGGACAGUGAUGUGAAAAUGAAAGGCGAUAACUUAGAUGAGGCAAUCUUUUACAAAUUUGAUAAACAUUUACACAUUAAUGCAUUCAAACUGCCUUUAAGACAAGGAUCAAAACAUUCAGACUAUGAUAAAAGAAUGGUAUAUGACUUUGACUAUUGA